AUGCCCACCCAGUCUGUGACCCCAGCAUCGAAUCCCCUGAGCGAGCUGGAUCCGGCGUUCGCCCCGGAUCUGUCACACCUCAACGACAUUUUCCCGGGCACUUCAUCGUCCUGGGCUACUGUCGAGCCAGCCUCACUUGGUAGCUUUGUUCUGCCAGAGUUCCUGGACACAAGCACUUCCGAAGAGUCCAUGAGCAUCGCACCGCCCUCCUCGAACAGCCCAAUCGAUGCUGGGGUGGUACUUGGAAGCGGGCCAUCGGACCUAUCUGGCUGUCUCGCCAGCGCAUGCCAGGCAUUGGAAGCCGCUUUUAGGAAGGUGAUACGAGAUCACCCCGGCCAGAACGCCCAAGAUUAUCCGAUUGGAGAAAUCUUUAACCAGUUCGACGGCUUGUUGGAGGUGCUGGCGCUCGAUAGUAUGGUAGCAAUCACCACGUCGCGCACGCCCCAAAGCCCAUUCGAUGAAUACCUGCGGAGCAAACAAGCGUCGAUGGCAGCGCAGUGUUAUGUCCUGUGUAUAAAGCUGAUGGCGGUCCUAUCUGAACAGGUGCUCCAGAGCCUGUUGGCACUGCCGCUGUCAGCGAAACCGUCUGCGUCGGGGAAUUUGGGUAGUUCAGAGACGAUGAAAAAUGUGAAUGGUCUAGGAGCGCAAGAGGACAACUUCUCCCACACGAGACAGAUCCCCAAGAGUCUCCGACUUGGAGACCUGUAUGCUCCUCCAGACCCUUUCGGACAUGCACUCAACUCUGCCAUCAACAUGCUCCGAAUCGGGAGCAAAUUGAUUGCCAGGAUGGAGCAGCUGCUUGGUAUACCGCCCGAGCUGGGAGGUGGGAGCAUGCCGUCCGGGGCUUCACCAGAGCAGGUGGGGCUCGACCAGCCUACACUGCGAGACAGAAGCGCUUCGAAAUCCUCUUUAUCAUCAUUGCCAGCUCGCUUCGUCGCGUUAAUAUGGGAGGAUGAGGCAAGCAUGUACAACAAAUCUGCUGUCAUGUACUUCCGGCGCUGUCGUGCCGCAACCUUGGGCCUCGCAAAGAAUCGUUCUUGA